UGAGGGUUUACUGUCAGCAGAACAAAGGUGGAGCAGAUAAAACCUACAGCGCUGAACUUUGAGUUAGAAGUUAUAACUUUAAUCUGAUAAAAGUGCAGUUUUAUAAAAGAAAAUAUGUCUCUGACGCAAGAAUCCGUCCUGUUUCUGCUGAUAUCGGAGGGGGGCAAAGUGAAGAAACCCGACUUGGUGUGUAAGUUUAAAGCUUUUCUAGACUGCGAGGAUACAGCACAGAAGGAGCGGAACAGGGAGCUUUUCAAGACUUUUGUCAACAAUGUCGCCGUCGUUAAAGAAAUCGACGGUGUCCGGUAUGUUGUCGUCAGGAAAGUGUAUCAGCAUUUGCUGGACGGUGCGCAGGCAGCGCAGAGCCCAGAGGGAAAGACUGAAGAGCCGACAGGUGAGCUGCAGCGCCCACCUGCAAGACAGGAGACUGGGAGCUCUGGUGAUGCACGAGGCGGGGAGAGAUCAGCUGAACCUGAUCAGGAACAGGAAAGCAAAAGUGGUGAAAACCCCACAGAAAUACUUUCUCCCAUACAGCUGGCAUUGCAAAGGAGCAAAUUGACAGAUGUUAGAGUGAAAAGAACGCUGACUUUUGGGAUCCAAAGUCAGGACACAAAUAGAGGUACUUGCUCAAGAACGGCAGCAGUAGAUGAGCCCGAUAGCGUGAAAAACAAACCCUACGCCUUACCUCUGAGGAUGCCGCCCAGCGCCACCAAGGUGGAGAUCCACAAACUGAAGAUGGACCCAGAUGACCCUCCUGAAAGCCCGUUCAGGAACAAGAGAAGGCCUCCAUCAGUGGAGACGAGCGGCAGCGUCAGCCCGCCUCAGCUGAGAAGGUCAGUGAAGAGCACCAAGGCGUCAGAGGAGCCCAAAGAGACAAGGGUCCCGUCCUUGGUUCCCCUGGAGCAGUCGGAGCAUGAGUGGCUGGUGAAGUGUGCGGCGGGUCACUGGAGCCAAGUUUACGGUCUGCUGCUAAGAGACAACCAGCUGGCCGAGAAGCGGGACUUCAUGUCAGGGUUCACCGCUCUGCACUGGGCAGCCAAAUGUGGGAACAGUGACAUGCUUGUGAAGAUCAUCGACCUGUCCAGGCAGGGAGGGGUGGACAUUGACAUUAAUGCAAAAACACACGGCGGAUACACUCCUUUGCACAUCGCCGCCCUGCAUGACCAGGAGUACAUCAUGGCCAUGCUGGUGGGGGAGCACGGGGCCGAUCCGAGCAUCAGAGACAACUGCGGGAAGAGGGCCUACCACUAUCUGCACAAAGGCAUUUCAAUGACGGUGAGAGAGAUGCUGGGGGAACCCAAAGCCCGGGAGGCUCCGGACAGGGCCGUGCACGAGAAAGAAGAGUCGGACCUGCUCCCAGAUCUCUCCAGGGGCCUGUCUUCUUUUAGCCGUCUCUUCCAGCCUCACGUGAUGAGCCACAAGAAGAAGCAGAAGAGGCCGACGUUUUUCUCUCUGAGCGAUGAGCCCAGCGAAGAACGAGAAGACAGCAGCUUCAGACACGGAGUUGUGUCAGAUGUUUUUAUGUGAACUCAGAACUCCUCUCCAGCCUUUUCGUCUUAUUUUAAUGAGGAAAACCAUCCAGGAUUGUGACUGACAUACCUCUGAUUCCAGGCCCUCUUCAAUAAUGACUAAAACAAGCCUGUCAUGUUUUGUUUUAUUUAUAUAUAUAUAUUUUGGCAUUGAUCAGAUGAUAUUAAAAAAGGAUAUUUUAUCAACACUGUUGGUUGAUAGAGACAGAUGGGCACAAGUACGUUAAAAAGCAUCUUGUUAUAAAUUACAAAUACUUGCUCAGGCUAAUUAUUGUACUUUUGUCCUACAGUUUAACCUUUGAAACCUGAGCAAAUUGGCUUGAUUUC